AUGGCCUCUGUGAAAGCAUGUGCUCCAUACUUCUAUAUGAUUGUGUCCCAGUUCGCGUAUGCUGGAUCCAGCAUCCUCGGCAAGCUUGCAUUAGGACAAGGACUAAGUGCACUUGUCUUCGUAGUGUACAGGCACCUUAUUGCCAUGCUCAUCUUGGCUCCUCUUGCUUAUGUGCUCGAAAGGAAUCGAAGACCCAGCUUCUCAUUUGGUGUCAUGCUAAAAAUAUUCAUUCUUGCUAUGUUGGGUAUAACAAUUCAGCAAAAUGUAUACUACGUUGGACUCCAUCUCAUUUCUCCAACUGUUGCCAGUGCCUUGGGCAAUGUCAUUCCUGCUUUUACUUUCUUAUUGGCAAUUGUACUGAGGAUGGAAAAGCUCAACUUGAAGACUGUAAGAGGGAGGGCCAAGCUUGCAGGGGCCAUCUUCUGCAUCACUGGUUCCCUGAUCUUCACAUUUUGGAAAGGUCAUUUUGUUGGGGGCCUUUGUUACUUCACCUAUGAUCCAACUUCAUUUCGAAAGUCCUGAGAAAGGCGAUGCCUGGCUUAAAGGCUCUGCUCUUAUGCUAUUCGGCUAUUUUGCAUGCAGUGUAUCACUUGUUCUUCAGGUAUUGCGUCAAUGGUGUCCCUUGUGUUGUCACAUGUAUCGCUUUUGAUGUAAAAAGAA